AUGAUAUCCAAAUCUUUCUUGUUGCUUUUCUCGGCCUUCGUGCCAUUCAUACAGGCUGCGUUCGUUCAUCCUGGUGCCAUGCACACUGCUGCUGAUUUUACACGUAUCAAGAACUAUGUAGCUGCGAAAUCAACGCCCUGGUAUACCGGGUGGGAGCUCCUACUGAACAGCUCAUAUGCUCAAAGUACCUACACAUCACACGCUGUUGCAACAAUCUACCGAGGCGACGACGGCAUUCAUGCUCAGAACUACGCUUUACUCUAUGAUGACGCUGCUGCUAUGUAUCAGCUUGCCAUUCGCUGGCGAAUUUCCGGAGACGCCACAUACGCCGAUGCUGCCGUGAACCUUCUCAACUCCUGGGGUACAACAUUGAAACUCAUUUCAGGUAACCCAGAUCAGUGGCUUGCAACUGGUCUAUAUGGUUACCAGCUUGCUAAUGCCGCCGAAAUUAUGCGAGACUAUUCUGGAUGGUCCUCGACCGAUUUCGCGACCUUCCAACAUAUGAUGGAAGACGUCUUCGCAGCCCAGAACGAGUACUUCCUUCUCACACACAAUGGUUCCGCGAACAUCCCUUAUGCCAAUUGGGAUUUGUGCAAUAUGGCCUCCAUGCUUUCCAUUGGUAUCCUAAAUGACAACGCGACAAAAUAUGAUUGGGUCUUGGACUAUUUCUAUAACGGAUGGGGCCACGGCGCAGUUGGAAAUAAAACAAACUUCAUCAUUGCCAACUUUACCGAAUCUGGGUCGUCAAAAAUUCUGUCUCAAGGCCAAGAGGCCGGCCGUGACCAGGGCCAUGCUACUCUGGAUUUUACGCUCGCGGGCGUUCUAGCUCAGCAAGCUUACAAUCAAGGCACUGACCUCUUCGCUGCCGUUGGCAAUGCUUUUCUAAAAGGGUCAGAGUAUGUCUCCAAGUAUAAUGUUGGGUAUGAUGUUCCAUAUACCACAUAUGUUAGCUACGAAGGUACACAAUCUGUGAUCUCUGACAGCGCCCGUGGAGAUGUCCGUCCGGGAUUUGAGCUCUUAUACGCUCAUUACAAUGACCUUAAGAAGCUCAAUGCGUCGUGGACUGGAAGGUAUCGUGACUACGUUAACAGCAACAUCUCAGCAGGCGUUGAGGGUGGCGGAGGUCUAUGGCACACGCACGAUGAUCUUGAGAGGAUUAGAAAUGGGGUGUUGAACAAUGAGGAGCCAUGGAAAUCGGCUUAUGCCAACUUCAGCAUUAACUCAUAUUCCCAGGCUAAUUACACCAUGAAAGGGCCGUACAGUGUUCUCUGCAGGGGUUCUUGCAGUAACUACACGAGUUUUAGCCAGGACGUCCGGGCAGCCUACCAGAACGCUUUGAUGUGGUACAUCACUAAGGAGCAAGGUCAUUGGGAUCGGGCGACGACGAUUCUUGAUUCCUGGGGCUCCAACUUGACUAACAUUAUUGGAACUGACACUUCCCUUUUGGUGGGACUUGAGGGUGACUUUUUUGCCAAUGCGGGUGAGAUUAUGCGAUGGGAAGGCAAUUGGACCGAGAAAGGUGCCGCGGCCAUUGGAACAUCUGGCUUUUCCAACCAGCUAUACUGGUUGUUUGCCAGACAGUCUGUCGUUAUUGGCCAGGCCAACUAUGGAAUGGUGAGUAUCAAAGGAUUGCUAUCGUUUGGUGUAUACCUUGAUGACGUGCAGAUGUACAACUACGCCCUUCACGCCUGGCAAAAUGAUCUUUGCGCGGGUAUUUAUGGGAACUUUGACCCCGCGACAGGUCAGAGCGCCGAAACAGGGCGAGACCAGCAGCAUUCUCAGGGGGGCCUUGGAUGGACUGCUGAGGCAGCCAGGGUUGUCCAAUCCCAGGGUACAGACUUGUAUUCAUUUGAUAAUAAUAUGUUACUCAAAGCAGCAGAAUACGCUGCUCAGUACAAUCUCGGAUAUGAUGUCCCAUACGACGAGAAGUUUUACCGCUGCGAAGCGAUACUUGUAAAUGGACCGUGGUCGGGCCCUUCUCCUAUGGGUCGAGGGUACCAGAGCAGUCCAUCAGUUUGGGAUAUCCUUUACUAUCAAUAUGUCGUCAAGCGUGGUGUCACCGCGCCUUGGCUGACAAAAAUCAAGAAAGCUAUAGACUCGAUUGGCGGCGAACGUAUAGGAACGACCAAUAUUGACGAUCAUCCGAGCUGGGGAGACUUGAUUUGGUCCUACCCAGGGAAAGGCUCCUUCUUGAAUAACGACAGCUAUACUAUCUGGGGCGGUGGAGAGAUUGGACAAAAUGGAACAGGAAAUUUGAAUCUCACUUAG